AUGAAUUCUUCUCUUUAUGUGCACACGACUCCUUGCGGCCUUAACUAUGGAUCAUCAAACUAUUCCAACUCUUCUCUUGUGACUAAUUAUAAUUAUGUGACUCUUGGGGACAUGAAUGCCUCGGAUUUGAGGGAACUGUGCAGCAUAGAGAAGAUAGUUUUGGUUCCAAAAAUUGAUCACGGGAACAUAUCUUUUAACGAAAUUCGCGAGAAGCGGCGUACGGGUUUGAGCUUUCAUGGUACAACGAUCGGCUGUGAAAAUUGCGCAAGAGGUUGCUACCUCGACGAGCGCAAACCGUCUUCGAUGCAUGGACGUUUAUUACGGAAUUCGGAAAGUUCGACCGCACUGGGAGUUGGACUACAUAAGAUCUCAUACAUUGGAAUUCAUGAUUCCAUUAGAAUUCAUGAUUACGGACUUGAAUCUCUCAAUAUGGAACAUUUAAGGUUACUUAGACCGAAUCCUUGUCUUUUGCAAUGUUGA